AUAGCAAAAUGUCAAAUAUUUUUCAUAAUCUACAUCAACACACUAUUUUGAAAUCCAAACUUGUAAAUUCUUAAAAAUGUCUGUGAAAGCUGAAGUUUUAGAAAGAUCGGAGGAGCAAACUACAGCUCCAACCGAAGAAUAUGUAAAUGAAAAUAAAUGGACGAUACGACCUUGUUUUUUGUACAAAGAGGAAUACAAUGACUGUAAAAGCAUCAAAGGUCGAUUCCAUCAAUAUUUCAUUCAUGGAGAGGCCAUAGAUUGUCUGCAAUGGAAACGCGACUACGACAAUUGCAGUCGCUAUGAGGAAAAGAAAGAUCUAAAAGCGGCACAGGCAGUGAUCCAUAGUGAAGAGGAUCGACGACGAACAAGACUAAAAGCGCAUUUUAACAAUGAUAUUUGGCCGAAACGCAAGGCACCUCCACCGAAUUGGGAAAGGGAGCUACCGGAAUGGCUACAAAAACGGAAUGAAAACACUUUAUUGGAUGUGAAGUCGCGUCAGGAGAAAGGUGAAGACAUUCAGCUGAUUGGUGAACGGUAUCUGUGUACGAUAAUGUGACCGAUAAAAGUUAAGACAGAGUGAAACUAGUAAAAUUUAGAUUUUUGAAAGCGAA